CAGAGCCUCAGCCCAGAGGGAGAGAGGGAGAGAGAGAGCACCGUGGAGGAAUCGAAGUAGGAGAAGAAAAAGAUGCUGCCCACAUCAUCAAAAGGGCGUACGGCUGAUAAUCAUGUUCGUCCCAAUCAAGCCUUACCUCAGUACCUCCGCAGAAUUGUCAAGUGGCAACAAAUGGAUAUUGAAUAUACUUUCUGGCAAAUGCUUCACCUAUGCACGUCGCCUAAAGUUGUCUAUCAGCACACUAAAUACCACAAACAAACUAAGAACCAGUGGGCACGUGAUGAUCCUGCCUUUGUUGUAAUCUGUAUUCUUCUUUUGGCAGUAUCUACGUUAGCUUAUUGUGCUGCGUAUGAUCAUAGUGUGGGGCAUGCUGUUUUUGUAGUUAUCUCAGUAUUGCUUUUACAUUUUUUAAUAGCUGGAGCAGUUUUGGCUACAUGUUGUUGGUUCUUGACAAAUACUUAUCUCCGAGAGGAAGCUCCAAACAGUCAUGUGGUAGAGCAAAGAGUAGAAUUGCUUUACGCAUUUGAUGUACACUGCAACUCUUUCUUCCCAAUGUUUGCUGUACUGUAUGUUAUACAUUAUUUUCUAUCACCUCUUUUGGUUGCUCAUGGGUUCUUUCCUGUUUUGCUAUCAAAUCUGCUCUGUAUGAUGGCUGCUUCCUACUAUCAUUACCUCAACUUUUUAGGUUAUGAUGUACUACCCUUUUUAGAAAGAACUACUUUCUUCCUGUAUCCAAUUGGUAUCGUCAUCAUCCUUUCACCUAUCUUAAUUUUGAGUGGCUUCAACCCAUCAAGAUACUUCAUGAACAUGUAUUUCAGUUGAUUGCUGUGAUUCACUGGCUAACAUGUACAUAGAGCACAUAUGAUGAUAUGGGAAGUUUAGUCCAGACACUGCAAAUCAACAUGAGAUGACAAUUUAUCAAAUGAUAGGUCCACCACAUGUAAAAGGGAAGGCAGGAUUGCAGGAACGCAUUCAGGGGAACUUCUGUCGUUUCUUGUACAGGCUAGUUACUGUUGUGGCUGAAAAUUGGUACCUGGUGAAAUUGCGGCCUGAAAUUGUUUCCUAUUGCUAAGAAUCUCGAUUAAUGAAUGUGUUGAUUGUGAUUUUUUUGCUCAUUUUUGAAUGUAAUAGCAUGCACUAGGAGCUAGUUAUUCUCUG